UUUGUAUUAAUAGAAUUGAGUGUAUAUAUAUAUAGAGAGAGAGACUGAUCUUCCAACCACCAUUCCAUAUCUUCUUCACCAGCUCUGCUCUUUCUACAGAACCGCUCACUAAAAAGUUCUCUGCAGAACCAUGGAAAAGUUGGAGGCUGUUGAUAUCGAAAAGCUGGUUGAUGAAAAUAAAGUGGAUUGGAAAGGAAGAAGAGCUGAUAAAUUAAAAUAUGGGGGGAUGAGAGCUGCUGUGCUGAUAUUAGCUAUGCUUGGUUUCGAGAAUUUGGGAACAUUUUCUCUGGCAGUGAACUCGGUGCCGUACUUCAGUGGGAUGAUGCAUUAUAGUGUACCAGAUUCGGCUAACAUGCUGACCAACUACAUGGGAACCGGUUACAUACUCGCUAUUCCAGUCGCAAUCCUUGCUGACACAUGGAUUGGCAGAUACACAUCUGUUUUAGUUUCUGGCAUCUUCGAGUUUAUCGGACUUGCAUUGCUUACAGCGCAAGCACACUAUUCCAGCCUUAAGCCACCCUCUUGUAACAUCUACGAUAGAACUGCUCACUGCAAAACACCCAGUGGUGGCCAAGAAGCUCUUCUGUACAUUGGCCUAUACCUGUUGGCUUUUGGAAGUGCGGGAGUGAAAGCUUCCGUGCCAUCACAUGGUGCAGACCAGUUUGAUGAAACGGAUCCCGAAGAAGCAGGGGAAAUGUCCACCUUCUUUAACACUCUCUUGUUGGCUGUUUGUUUGGGUGGUGCAGUCAGCUUAACCUUCAUCGUAUGGAUGCAACUCCACAAGGGCUGGGCUUCGGGCUUUGGUAUUGGCACCAUAGCCAUACUUUUGGGUAUCCUUAUCUUUGCAGCUGGAUUGCCACUUUACAGAUUUCGUCUUCGUCAAGGAACAAAUGAUUUCGUUCAGAUCAUACAGGUUUACGUUGCAGCAAUCCGCAAUAGGAAUCUUCUUCUUCCUGAAGAUCCAGCAAAACUAUAUGAGAUUAAACAGGACAAGGAAGCUGCUGAGGAAAUAGAGUUUCUACCUCAUAGAAACAUUCUCAGGUUCUUAGACAGAGCAGCCAUUCAAGUAAAACAUGAUGUGGAAUCUGAGAAACCACCAAGCCCAUGGAAACUUUGUAGGGUAACCCAAGUAGAAAAUGCCAAAAUUGUUGUUAGCAUGAUCCCCAUAUUCGGCUGCACCAUUAUAAUGACCCUUUGUCUAGCUCAGCUGCAAACUUUUUCAAUCCAACAAGGCUACACCAUGGACACCACUUUCACUAAGAAUUUUCAAAUCCCACCUGCAUCCCUCCCAAUCAUCCCAAUUUGUUUUCUAAUCAUCAUUGUUCCUAUCUAUGACCGCAUUUUUGUGCCUGUUAUGCGAAAAGUCACUGGCGUUCCUACUGGGGUUACUCACUUGCAGCGCAUAGGAGUUGGUCUUGUACUCUCUUGCAUUUCAAUGGCUGUGGCUUCAAUUGUAGAGGUGAAAAGGAAAAGAGUGGCCAGAGACCACAACAUGCUUGAUGCUGUGCCAAUACUCAUGCCACCAUUGCCAAUAAGCACAUUUUGGCUCUCUUUUCAGUACUUUAUAUUUGGCAUAGCUGACAUGUUUACUUAUGUGGGGCUGCUUCAGUUUUUCUAUUCAGAGGCACCAAAAGGGCUUAAGUCUACAUCAACCUGCUUCCUUUGGACCUCUAUGGCACUUGGUUAUUUUGCAAGUACCAUCGUGGUAAAAAGUGUGAAUGGAGCCACCAAACAUAUCACUAGGAGUGGAGGCUGGUUAGCGGGGAAUAAUAUUAAUAGAAACCAUCUAAAUUUGUUCUACUUGUUCCUUUCCAUAGUGAGUCUGAUCAACUUCUUUAUCUAUUUGGUAGUUUCAAUGAGGUACAAGUACAGGUCUCAAGGCCCUUCAGUCCCUGCUGGCAAUUAAUUCAAAUAAGUAACUAUGUAUAGAGGUGCCGCAACUGUAAUACAAGUUUUAUGGUAUACAAGAGAGAACCACUCGUUUCUUUUCUUCAUAAUUUGAAAGGUGAUAUGAAAUUACUUCCCCAUGCCUUUAGGCAGAGUUGAUUUCUAUUUCUAGUUUGCUUUUUCACGGCUUCUUUUCUUUCUUUAAAUCUUACCUCAUGGCUGACAUAAUUGCACAAUUUGCAGAAAAAUUUGAGAGAGAUAUUUAUCUGAUCUGAAAAGUCAAUACAUUGAUAAUGAGUUUCUAAACUUGGAGACUCAUAUUUACAAGAUACUAAAAUAUAAUUAUUUGACAAACCAACAAAUAUAUGGUUACAAUAACUGCUUCAAACAAAGUACGCUUGCAUAACUGAAAGUAAAAUAUAUUAGAUUGACACAACUUUGACUGAGUUAUGGACCUCGCAGCUAUGUCAAUUCAACUUGGACUAAGUUUGGCGAUUUACACUUCCCCAAUGUUUGACUAAGCAGGUUGUUGGCUCAAUUUCUCUAUUAUGAUUUGGUGUUGUCAUUCCUCACUUGUAAUUUACUAGAAGUCCCAAACAUUACAUAAAAUGACAUCUAUUAUUAAUUUUGAAACAGAACAUGCCAGUUAGGAUUGUGAAUUCACUAUGGAAUGAUGCCAUACCUGUAAUUCACUUAAAAAUUAGACACAUAAUGUCAUAUGCUAAAAGUCAAUUUACCAUAAUUUAUUGUUCAUACAUGUCCAAUUAGAUUUGUUGGGUAUUCAGCAUCAUGAAAAGCUAGUGUUUUUCUGUCCAUUAACUAACUAUUUCAAACAAAAAUGCACCAAAAUUUAGUAAAAUUUAACACAUUGAUAUAAAAAUGUAACAAAGUUUAGUAAAUUCACUAUGUUCCAAGAAUUCUGUUCUAUUUGAUACGGAGUCUUGUUGGAUAAUUAUAGUCAUUCCAAAGUCUAAAAUUAUUGGAUUCAUGUUCACAAAUCAAGAAGUAUGUUACUGAAGUAUGUUACUUUGUGAAGAUACAAUAAUUCUUGUGCAAUUCCUUGAAGCGCUCAUUCUAAUAUAGUAAUUUGCUUCUUAUAGUAGUAAUUUGCUUCUAAUAUACAAAAUUAAAAAGUAAAAAUGACAUUUUUUCAUGAUUUUAAACAUGAGUAAUUAUAGUGAAUAUAUCUUAAAAAACAAUUGCAAUUGAGGAAAUGUUCACCUGUUUGAAUAACUAAAAAAUAAUGAAAACAAAUUUCUUUCUAUCAUUUUCAUGACUGCAUAACAAUAAAAAGAACAAAUUAAAAAAAAUUCAACAUUAUAUCCAUCCCAAGAACACAUAAAAGCACAAAACUAUCAUACAACAAUUUCUUGAGCACGAUGUUAUAUUUGAUGACAUAACAUCUAACUAAAUCAAAUUUCUCUAAUCCACAAAUUCCAUAUAAAAAAGGAAUAAUAAUUUUUACUAACUUUUUGAUAAAGCAGUAUCAUCCAGUCCUAGUAUCAUCCAGUCCUACUAUAAUUGAGAUCUAAUCCACAAAAUCCAUAUCAAAGGAGUAAUAAUUUUUAUUAACUUUUUGAUCCACAAAAUCCAUAUCAAAGGAGUAAUAAUUUUUAUUAACUUUUUGAUAAAGCAUACAAUUAUCAUCAACUCCUACUAUAAUUGAGGACUUACUUAAGAGGCAGAAGAAUUUAAAAAAUGUACAAUAUAUUUCAAAACUUCAAGGACAUUAAGUGAAAAAUUACAUUUAUAUUUAAAAUAAAAAUAAACAAAGAAAUAAAGUGAUACGUAAAGUGAUUUCUUGUCACUUAAAUAAGAAUUAAAAGUAAAAAUAAUUAAAUAAUUUAAAAGUAAAAAUAAUUAAAUAAUUUAAAAGUAAAAAUAAUUAAAUAAUUUAAAAGUAAAAAUAAUAAUAUUUUUGAAAAAUAACUUAAUAUGAAUACAAAUAAAUUAAUUUGUGUGGGAUAAGGAGUUUGUACGUUCAAGGUUAGAGAGACCUAAAUGAGAAAUGGUUCACUGGGAGAAAUCGUCACAAGCCAUCCUGACAAAUAAGUAUUAAAUUAUUAAAAUUA